ACGUGCGUCCGUACAUCUGCGUGAGCUCGCCAUAAUCUACCGGGAGCGUACACUACCGAGGACGCGCUCGUGUUGUCGUUCAACUUCAGGGCUCCACUACCUGCUAAUUUAUGACCCAAAUGUGUGCUUUAAAAACAGUCAACCAACCGACCGAAAGUGAAAAGAGUGGAAGUUGCAGAGACUAUGCUAGCUAGCCAACUAGCUAACUACCUUCCAAAGAAAUGUUUCUGAUCGGGUGGUGGACCUACUGGUGCCGCUGCAUUGCACAUGUGGGCGGACCAGCAACAGGCCGCCUGACCAAUGGCAUCGUCCGAGGUCAACAUGCAUGUAGAGGAGGUGGUUGUCGUGACAACACCAGACAGUGUAGGACAAGGCGAUGCUGUGGAGGAGGACAAGGAGAGUGUGUUGGUCACCACGGAGCUGGAACAACCUGGAGGAAGUGAACGAUAUCCUAUUUUGGUCUUUCCUGUCAGUGAGGAGUUGACUGAGGAGCCCUCAGCGCCAGAGGCUGACACCAUCUCCAUCCCCAAGGACACUGUCAUAGUGAAACUCUCUGAGGAGGUGUCUGUGGAGGCGGAGGUGCUCUACCCCAUCACCUGUGGGGACAGCAAGGCCACACUCAUAUGGAAGAAGUUUGUGUGUCCUGGCAUCAACAUCAAGUGUGUUCAGUACAAUGAGCACCUCAUAAGCCCUAAGGAGUUUGUGUAUCUGGCUGGUAAAUCCACACUGAAGGACUGGAAGAGAGCCAUACGACUCAAUGGAGCCAUGCUCAGGAAGAUCAUGGACUCGGGCGAGCUGGACUUCUAUCAGCACUGUAAGCUGUGUUCCAACACGUGCCGCAGCACCAAGAUCGACCUGGUGGGCAGCAGAGCCUCGCUGAGUAGCCAGACGUCAACGGAGCUCACGCCACACACACCCAACACAGACGUGAAUGGAUCUCCAAAUCCACUCAGUUCAGAAGUAUGUGAGGACAGCACAGAGUGGGUCACAGCUAUUGGAGAGGACACCAUGAACUUCUGGCGUAACCUGAAGGAGGCAGGUCUUCUGGAGGAAGUGACAUCAGAGCUCCAGAAGGAGAUGCAGGAGGCGUUGAAGGGGCUGCAGGACAGGCUGCAACAGCCCCCUCUGCUGGUCGCUGACGCAGCACUGCUGAAUAACGUGGUGCAGAGCUUCGGCAUGCUUGACCUGGUGAAGAAGGUGCUGGCCAGCCAUAAGAGCCAGAUGGAUCGCUGCCGAGAACAAUACACACGCAGCCUUGUGUCGCUGGAGCAGCAGUGUGAUGAGCACCGUAAGCAAGCGCGGGAGCUGAAGAGCCGCUCUCAGACCCUCAGCAGCGUCCUGAUGACCCUCGCCCCCGUGGCCACGCCUCCGCUGCCCAAACGCCCGCGCCUGACCCGCGCCGUCUCCGGCCCCGCCUCCAUCAGCGCCCACCAAUCGGCUUCCGUCUCCGCCACCCUCCUGCAAUCGGCCGCCUCCUCCCCCGUGGCCCUGCCCCUGACGCAGCUGGCGGGCGUCCCGCUGGGCCGAGUGCUGCCCGGCUACACGCUGGUCACCUCCGCGGGGGGGGAGGUGCUGUCGGACGCGUCCGGCGGCCUCACGCUGCAGCAGCAGCCAGGGGGCGCUCUGACGCUGGUCAGCGCGGAGCCCGGCGGCCAGUCUCACGUGGGCGCCACCAUCCUGAAGCUGCUGAGUCCCGUCCAGUUCCUGACGCUGCCGCCCCAGCUGACCGGCGCCGCCGUCCCGGUCUCGACGCCCACCCUGGUCCAGAGCGCCAUGCUGCCCACGCCGACCGUGGAGACCGUCUCGGCUACCGUGGAAACGGUGACGGCCGCCACCGCCGCCUUGGAAACCGUGUCUGCCGCCAUGGAGACCGCGUCGGCUGCUGCUGCGGCUGCCGUGGAAACGGUGGGGUCGCAGGCGGAAGACUCGGGGGAGUCGGAGGUCAAAGGUGACGAAGGCGGAGAGGGGGCUGGGCCAGACUGAGGAGCUGUUAUGACUGUUGCCAUGGUGAUUACGUGCACCGCGAGCUGGAGGUGUUAAGGGUCAUUAAAGGUCACUUAACGUGCUCAACUCUCACCUUCUCUCCCCUCCUUCGCUCUCAUCCCUCCAUCCUGUUUUCUUUUGUCCUCCCCCUCUCCACUUCUCUCUCUCUCUCUCCACUUCUCUCUCUCUCUCUCUCUACUUCUCUCUCUCUGGGGAAAAGCAUGAGGUCAUGUCUCUCAGCCAAGGCCUUUCUGUCUGCAUGGCUCUAAUGAUAUCCUGCAGUUUGUGUGUGUGUGUGUGCUUUCAUAUUUUCUCUUGUUUAUUAAAAAAAAGUCCCUUCUAACUUCUAAGACUGCACAUACAAAAUGAUCAGUUGCUUAUUUUGUAAAUGAAUAAUAUUUUGGAUAUAUAACCAUGAACAAAUAUUUAGUUGUUGAAUGGAGCAUAUUUUAAUAUGAACAGUAUUUUCUUGCAGAUUUGAUAUUUGGUAUGAGUCGACAGAUUUGUGCUUUUUGCUGUUUUUUAUAGCCGGCUUGUGGAGGCUGUGAAGGGAGUUGAUAAAGAACAGUUAUUAAACUAUAUUAAGAAAGAGUUGAUAAAGAACAGUUAUUAAACUAUAUUAAGUA